GGAAGACGUAUAAAGUAAAGUAGUAGAACAGAGGAGAAAGUAUUCACCUUUAUCACUACUAUAUAAGUGAAUCACCGAUCUUGUGGAUUCACGGUGGCCGGCGGAGUCAUGGCGACGGCUAACGGGGCAAAGGGUCCGUCGAGGAUGGGGCCCAAGGUGUUGUUUUAUUCAAUAUUGCUUACGCUUCAGUACGGAGCUCAGCCUCUGAUCUCCAAACGCUGCAUCGGGAAGGAGGUUAUUGUAACUUCAUCUGUCUUGACGUGCGAGGUUGUUAAGGUCAUAUGUGCGCUGAUUCUCAUGGCAAGAGAUGGCAGCUUGAAGAAAUUAGCAAAAGAAUGGACUUUGAUGGGAUCCUUGACCGCAUCAGGUCUCCCUGCAGCCAUAUACGCACUUCAGAACAGUUUGCUGCAGAUCUCUUACAGGAGCCUUGACUCCUUGACUUUCUCUAUCCUUAAUCAGACCAAAAUCUUCUUCACAGCCUUCUUCACAUUCAUCAUACUAAGACAGAAGCAAUCAGUUCAACAGAUAGGAGCUUUGUGUUUACUGAUCAUGGCAGCAGUUCUUCUAAGCGUUGGCGAAGGGUCUAACAAGAGUUCAAGCGGCGGAGUCAAUCCUGAACAUGUGCUGUUUUAUGGGAUUAUACCGGUUUUGUUAGCCUCUGUGCUCUCCGGUUUAGCUUCCUCUCUAUGUCAGUGGGCUUCUCAGGUGAAGAAGCAUUCGUCGUACUUGAUGACGUUGGAGAUGUCUAUCGUUGGAAGCCUCUGCUUGUUGGUGAGUACGCUUAAGUCUCCUGAUGGUGAAGCGAUUAAAAGACAUGGUUUCUUUCAUGGUUGGACUGCUUUAACCAUGGUUCCAGUUAUAAGCAAUGCUCUUGGUGGGAUUCUUGUUGGCCUAGUUACAUCACAUGCGGGUGGUGUAAGAAAGGGAUUUGUGAUUGUGUCGGCAUUACUUGUGACGGCUCUGCUGCAGUUUGCGUUUGAAGGGAAACCGCCUUCAUCGUAUUGCCUCGUGGCUCUUCCUCUUGUGAUCAGUAGUAUCUCAUUGUACCAGAAAUAUCCAUACAUGGAUAAGAAGAAGAAAAAGGUCUAAGAAACCUCUUAGCAUCUUCUCAGAUUCACAGGGAUAGCUGAUAAAUAUCUAGAAGAUAGUGAUUCUUGGACCAUGAAUUUGUAUUAUUACAGUGAUACAUUGAAUGUCUUGUAAAUGAUCU